CAAAGAACAAACUGGCCGAGAGCCCGAGAGUACAGGCGGAUGACAGGACGAGGAAGACGAGAGCUCAGACCGUUGUCUCAAAAAAGAAAAGGAAAAAAAAGAGUGCUCAGAUCGGAGAAGAUGGAAGGAGCCAAAGCAGCGGCGGGGCCGGCGGCGGGGCCGGCGGCGGGUGGGCAGCUGGAAUCGGCGCUCCUCCACAUCAUGCAGCAACACCACCACCAAUCCCUCCGCCAGCGCCAACAAACCGAGAGGGCGAAGAAGGACGCCCUGCGGAGCGCGGCGCGUGUCGCCGGUCAUCUCGUGGAGGCCGUCGACGGCGGGGUGCAGGAGCUCUUCGUCAACGAGAAGCGCAUCGAGCUCGAGGCCCGCGCGCUGCUCGGGACCAUCGCGCGGUACAGGAAGCAGAGCGACCAGUGGCUCGCCGCCACCAACGCGGUCAACUCGGUCCUCAAGGAAAUUGGAGACUUUGAAAACUGGAUGAAGAUCAUGGAUUUUGACUGUAAAAGUAUAAAUGCAGCCAUUCGUAACAUUCAUCGGUCAUGAUUUUGUCCAGCGCCUGCAACUAUGAUGCUAUUGAGCGUUUCUUCCUUUUUUUUAAUAUAUAUAGGAAAUUUCGUGACCGAAAACUGGAUGAAGAUCAUAGGUUGUGACUGUAAAGGUAUCAAUGUACCAUCUGUAAUAUUUCUCAGUCACUAUGAUGCUACAAAGUGUUCGCUCUGUUCUCUUCUUCGUUGGAUUUUUUUUCCA